GCACAAGAAUCUCACAUCUUUGACCUUCAGAUUCCAAUAAACCGAUGGGCAUCGUUCACUAUUUGAUACCCCAUUGCUUUUCGUUUACAUCAUUAGACCAAGAACAAAUAUUAAUACUGUCUCGACCCUCGUGGAACGGAAUUUUCAUUUCUAAACAAGGGGACACCAAGUAUACCUCUUAUUUCUUUACGAGCAGUUUUAACUUUCUCCAAGGCGACGGAUGAAAUCCCUAAGGUGCCCCUAUGCAGCUUUGUAAUCAUCUUUGAUCAAGCGGUGGAUGUUUCCAGCUUCUCGGCCAAUCGAGCAAGCUGUUGCAGCCCACAACACUGCAGUAGCCA